AUGGCUGACAAGGAAAAAACCUCCAAGAGAUUUGUGUCAAGGAGAGGCAUCUCACACUCACUCUACUCCGACUGCGGGACAAACUUUGUUGGAGCUGAUAAAUCGCUCAAAACAUUGUUCACACAGAACUCUCAAGAGAAUCAACACAUUUCAGCUCUGCUCGCUCAAGAUCGCACUCAGUGGAAUUUUAAUCCACCGUCUGCCCCGCACAUGGGUAGCAAAUGGGAGGCAGUGGUGAAAUCACUCAAAUACCACCUGCGUCGUACCAUCGGAGAAACCUUGCUCACUUUUGAGGAAACGACAACCCUGCUCACCCAGAUCGAGGCGAUCCUGAACUCACGACCUCUAGAACCACUCAGCGACGAUCCAGAUGACAUCUCAGCACUCACCCCAGGACAUUUCCUCAUCGGAAGUGCGCUUACAACAGUACCAGAGCCAUCUCUGGAAGAUUUAGUCAUCUCAAGACUAUCACGAUGGCAAUUCAUACAGCAGCGAGUACAGCAAUACUGGUCGCAAUGGUCAACACAAUAUCUGCAACGACUGCAAGCUGUCUCAAAGUGGCAUCAUCCAUCAAACACCAUACAAGUGGGCUCAUUGGUGCUCAUCACAGAUGAAAGGUUUCCUCCAUGCAAGUGGCCAUUGGCUAGAGUCAUUGCUGCAAUGCCAGGAGAGGAUGGAUUCACCCGAGUGGUGACACUUAAAACACCCAAGGCAACUGUCACCAAACCUAUCACCAAACUCACACCUUUGACAACUCUCACUAGACCAAUUGCCAAGCUCGUACCUCCGCCUAUUGUUCACCAGGACCAAGCUCAAUGA